GUUAGGUAGUAACAAAAUUUUAUUUUUUUAUAAAAAAAAAUGUUUUCUUCUUCUUCAUCAUCAUCAUCAAAUCCAUCUCUCCGGGUGAAAAUUCCGGUGACCGGAGAAGGAAAAUUGAGGAUAAAUGUGAAAUCUCCGACGUCGGAGAUGUAUACAGAGGUUAAAGAAUCAGAUAAAGUGAAAGAUUUGGAGAAAUUGAUUAAAAAAGCAUGGGGAGAUAAUGAUAAUUAUAUAUCACUUUAUUAUAAUUCAAUUAAAAUGAAUAGUGAUUAUUUAUUAUCUUUUUAUAAUUUGAGAGAUGGCUCUAUUAUUACCGUAUCUCUUCUUGCUGAACCACCUCAUCAUCAUCAUCAUCGUCUUCAUCAUCAGUCGAAAUCUUCAUGUGAAACCAAGAAAAAUGUCAAAUUUCAAGAGGAGACAAACAGCACCUCCAAUGGUGAAAUUAAUGGUUGUCAAAGCUUUUUAAUUCAUAUGGCAAAGAUGUCAUCUCAAUUUUGCUCUUCCAUAUUUUCAAGACAUUAAAUUAUGUAUCUAAGAAAAGUGGAAGGAGUUCGAAAGACGAUUCGUCAUCAAAAAUGUCAAUAAAAUCGAGCUAAUAUAUCAUUAUUAUCGAUAUUUAUUAACUAAACAUUCUAAGAUUAAGUUUUAAAAAAUAGCCAUUUUUGUUUUAGCCAUUACAUCCUCAACAAACAAAUCAAAGUUUUUCUCUGAACUUCCAUUGGCUAAUAAUGCAAUUUCCAUAGUUUUCUUCACUUCCUUUAUAACCUUCCUCAAAUCUUUUGAAUUUUCUUCACUCAUAAGAAAAUUAAUCUUUUUUGCUAUUUCCUCCUUUGUAAUAAUUAAUUUAUUAUUAAUAUCAUAAUUAUCACAAAGAUUAAUCCCAACUUUCCAAUCAUCAACCACCAACUUUCUAUUAGUUUGUUGAUCAACACUUAUAGGAUGACAUAUCAUUGGUACACUUGCCCAUAAGCUCUCCAGAAUUGAGUUCCAUCCACAGUGCGUCAAAAACCCUUCGAUCGCCGGAUGCGACAGUAUUGUUCGUUGAUCGCACCACGGUACGAUCAACCCUCGAUCUACGUUUUCUCGAAAUUCAGCUGGUAAAUAAUUAUCCGUUUCGCCCGUAACCGCCAAAUUAGGUCUAAGUACCCAAAUAAAAUAUUCCACUUUGCUAAGCAAUAUUCCUUGAGCAAAUUCCAUAACAUCUUCUUUGCUUGGACUACACAAGCUACCAAGUGAAAAAUAUAAUACUGAGGAUUUAGGUUUAGUGUUUAGCCAUUCCAAACAAUUUGACUCUGGCAAAAAACUAUUGGAAAAUUUGACAUUUUUUGAUGAGUUGACUUGAUGAUCAUGAAAAAUUGGACCAAUAGCAAAAAAGGGUUUUUUUGUUUUUUCUUGGAAUAUUGAAAUUACUUUGGAUUCAAGUUCUUGUAUUGUGUUACAAAUUAUAAUGUCUGAUUUCUUGGCUUCUUCAAAACCUUUGUAGAUAAUUUGAUGAA